UCUUCUCCAUUUGAUGAACAACACCUGCUUGGCAUUAUUUUGUCAUCCACCUUUUUGUACCAAGCAUACAAACGGCUGGUCAGAAGCCCUUGCUAUCAUUGUUCACUUCUAAGUGCUCUAGAGUUCUGUGUGACGGGAAUUCUAAGAUGAAACGAAGCUUCAACCGAAAGGUGGAAAUUCCUUGGUUUCAUCCAAUGCCAUUUAAAAGAAAAGAUCUGCCAACCAAGAAGCCAAGUCAUUGACCAUAGGCUGGAUAUUCUGCAAGUCCCGUAGAUGGGAUCCGAACAUGUGCAACUCCGACGUGUUGACCGUCUCAUUCUUUUCUCAAGAGCAAACUGCCACGAACCCUUUUUGGCCCGACUGCUCUAGGAAGCAUCAUCAUGCCUGCAGUGGAGGAGGAGUCGGCUAACAGCGGCCGAACUCUUUUGCUGGCCUGUUGUGAUACUGGCGAAGUUGAUGAGAAGCUAAAACUGCUGAAGAGCACAGUGGGACGCCAAGCGAAGGGAACCAUCAAGUAUAUGGACCAAAACAAGAUCUUCAUGGGGCACCUCUCUUUGGCACUCAGCACAGCCACUCUUGUGGUGAUGUUUGGUUUGCCUCUAUUCUCCUCGCACCUGCGAACCAUUGUCUUCGGAGACCAUCGCUGUGAUCCUGCAGCACAUGGUUUGUAUUUGCUGAAAGAGGAAGAUGGCACUGAGCCAACGCUGACGAAGGUAAAGGACUUGUCGUCAUUGGAGGUUUCGGACUACAUGAACAUUGUGGACUGCGGCUUCAUCCCAUCAUCCUACAAAGGGUACUGGCCAAACGUGGUUCAGUUCUGCUUCUUCAGCAUCCUGACGAACACUGGGACGACUGUGCAGCUGACCUUACAAGGCUUCUUUGGGACCUUCUUGGCAACCUUGAACGUUUGGGUCCUUUACCAGAUCUUUCCCCUUGGCAGUCAGAUGGAAUGCCCCGGAGGAGCUGAGACAUGCGAUCCUAUUGAGAUGGUCUACAAGGACCCGAACUACAUCCCAGCAGUUGUUUGGGCUGAAGCUAUCCUCUUUGCGCUGUUUUGGUUGGUGAGCAAAGCGCCAAAGAAUAUGGUGAUGUUCCUGGCCUCCUAUCAUGUAUAUUUCAUCUCCAAGUUUCUCAAUCCAGCAGUUUCAGGGCUGACUGGCUCGCUUCCCAUGGGAUUUUUGGGCUUGUACUGGGAUUCUGAGCCAACUAUCAUCAAUAUGACAUCGCUUCUUGGAGGAGUCCUCGCAAUCGUUGGUACUUUGAUUCCAAAGCCUCUCUUGAAUACCAAGGCGUUGCAAGAGAAUGCCCUUACUGCAGUGGAAGGGAUGACAGAUGCUUGGGAGAAGGCGAUUGACUACUUUAUCGGUGAUACACAGCAAGCAGUUAGGUUUUCAGUCGCCUCGAAAAUGGACGCUGUCAAGGGCUCCUUUGAUCGUACUGAGGACAGUAUCAAUGGCGCUUGGUUUGAGCACUUUGAUAUCGGCCACUUCGGAGUUGCUCGGGAGCUUUUCAGGCUCUUUGUCGAGGCGGGACAUGGCAUGAACAAGCUGCUGGCAAUCGCCAAGACGGCGCUGGUCCGUGAGAAGUUCGAUGGAAAUCACAAGGAGUUUUGCAGCGGCGUCGGAAAGGACAUGAAAGAACUGAAUGAGGCAACCACCGACCUCUUUAUGCUCUGCUGCCGAUGCUGUGUGGAUGGCCACCUCUCUAGAGAGGAAAAGGAGGAGUUGAACGAGAAGUUGAGCGUGGUCAAAGGCAAAGAGAAAGAUUUGGCACGGUCUUACAGGGAGACCAUGAAGAACCAGCCAUAUGUAUCUGAGGAUUUGUCGAAUGAGAAUUGCUUCGUCUAUGGUUUCGCAGCCUACGUGCGAACCGUGGUGGAGCUUGCCAAUGAUCUCCCUGAUCUGGCUGCAAAAAAAGAAACAAGCAAGUGCAAGAAUUUUUGGGGUGGCAUUUGUGGGAUGAUUGCUGACAUGUUCUCGUGCGACCUGCUCCUGCAAGCGGACAACCUCAAGUUCUCCAUUGUAAACUUCCUGCCAAUCCUGGUGACCUUCUUGAUCGCCUACUUUGCAGAUGCGGACAAUGAAAACCAUAUCUUCGUGUCACAUGCACCACUGAUGCCUGGCACUUUGGCGUUGAUCAUCACGGCCUCCUAUGGCUCCACCUUUAAAGGAAACAUCGACCGUUUGGUGGGCUUGGUGCUUGGCAACGUCAUUCCGCUGCUGGUCUUGGCUGUGGUUUUUUCGUUCAGCUGUGAAUCAUGGAUGCGGACAGCAGCACAGAUGAUCUUGGUCUUCCUGUACUUUCUGACCUUCUCUUAUGUCUACUACUCUUCGAAGACCUGGGGUUUUGUUGGAUGUGCUUUGUGCGGCUUUGGAGCCUAUCCUCUGAUGGUCUCCUGUGAAGCCGGCGAAGGAGCGGCUGGAUCCUUCAACUAUCACAUGCGAAGCAAUUACAAGGUGAUUGCACAAACUACUGUGGCUGUUCUCAUCCGAAUGUUUAUCGAGACUGCACUGUUGGACAAGGCGCCUCGUGAUCUGGCAGUGGAUCAGCUGAAAGACUUGUUGGAGAGCGUCGAGGAUGCCUACGAGGAGUUCUUUGAGGGAGACUUUGAGGGAAUGAAGGAGAAAUAUGAUCAGGUCCAAAAGAUGCUUGCCAGCUGCGAGACGUACUAUGCGGACACCUCACCUCAACUCGAAUUUGCACCAGGACCACGCCUCCCAUUCAAGCACAAGUUCUUUGGUGAUGUUCAGGCGCAGCUGAAGGUUGCAAUUUCGGAGCUGGGAGUUCUUGCAAUUGGAGCUGGUGAUUGGACGAAAGCCCAAGUCGGAGAGGAGAAGUCUUCGAUGCGGCAAGCCCAAGAGCAGGAAGAGGCAAAGCACAGGCAUCCAGGUCAUGUUCCUAAGAGUGCAAUUCCACCGCUGCAUGGCAUCAUGAGUCGUCAAUCCAACUUCAGCCUCAUGCAAAAAGACAUUCUGCAAACUACGAAGCUGGUCUUUGACACCGUCCUCGCAUUGCUGAAGCAGGAGAAAGAGGAAGGCCUUGCAGAGCUGAAGGAUAGCUUUAAAAAGCUGUCUGGAAUGAGCGGCAUGCUGGAUCUUGAAGAUGCGCCAGGCUUUUACACUCAGGUGAAUCACCACAUGAGUGGACAAUUGGAGUCCUUGAAACCGGGCGACUCCUUGGUGGACGACAUGCAAGCGCGCCUCACAGUGGUGGUGGGUGCCCUGAAGAGCACCACCGCAGCCCUUGGAGAGAUUGGCGUCCUGUGCUUGAAGGAGAACAUAUACUGAGAUCAAAAUCACUGCGACAAAGCAACACUAGGCAUGAAGGCAUGAAGGUGAAGCCAAGCAGAGGAAACAACUCCAUGAACUGCUGGAUCGCUUCUGCGCUUGCUUGCAAGGUGUUGUGAAUGUAGCAGGCCAU